AUGGUGCUGAAAAAAUACAUAUGUCUAGUUAAACCAGACAAUUACUUAGGGCCUCUCACAACCCUAGUAUCUGAUGCACAUAAACAAGGACUAGAAGUGUAUGCUUCUGUUUUUUCUAACAAUUUCUUUUCAAGUUAUGAUUAUAACUAUGAUCAUACUGCUGAGUACCUACAAUUUAUAGCAAAAGACGAAUUUGUUGAUGGUCUUGUUAUUGAUUUUCCUUCUACCACAUCAAAUUCCAUAGGUUUUUUGUUGCUCUGUUCUGCUGCUCCAAAAUCUACAGUUCUGCAAUUGAACUGA